UGAUUUUCAAAUGUCUCAGUUAACACGACUGGCCACCCACUACAUGGGCCAGUUCAAAUCUUUGAAACGCAAGUAUGAAAAGUUGACAGAAGACGCCAAGAAAUUGUAUCGCAACUACGGCGCAUUGAAAAAAGAAAAUGCCGACCUGAAAUUGCGGCUCGCACGACGGGAACAAGAACGGACAUCCGCCCCUAUUUCUCAUCCUGCAACGUUCUCCAUCGCGCCUGUGUCGGUACCUCAAGCAACGCGCCCUUCUGCCAAGCAUGUUACUCCAAAACGGGACAGAAUGACGUUUCCAGAUCGGCAAACAAAUGCGAGCUUCACCCCAGCUUCCAGGACAGCAUCCAUGCUUUCAAACAUGGCUCUGGGCUCGCAACAAUGGGGAGACGUAAGCACCCCAUUAACCCAACGGUACCACGGUCAUUACAGGGUGCAGACAUGCUCAACAGAGAGCAGCGUUCCUGGCUCAGCGCGACCGGACCGGUACGACAGGUCUUCUAGCCUCGGUGGUGGAAGGUCGGCCGCAUUCAGAACCCCAGAAAAUGACUUUGUGCCAAGAAGCCGUGGGAGAACCGUGUCUUCAUCCCAUUCAUCUAACGACAGCAGGACCUUAACAACAAGUCCAUGUAUAAGGCUCCUGCACACCCCUUACAGUUCAAGCAUACGCCGACAGCAGGCGGCUGUGCCCCCUAGUCCGAGGGAAUAACUAUACCGGACGAACCCAAAAUGUUCUACGUAAUUAUAUCAUCGAACUAUAUGUAUAACUGCACUGUUGCCAGUAUCGUACAUAUCCUUUUCCACAGAGUGCAAUUAAAGAACAUUUGAAU